UGUGAGGCCGGCGGAGGUUUUCCUGCGCCGCCAUCUUGAAUCGGCGGAGCGGAGCGAGGAGGGGGCGGCCCGCGACCCCCGCCAUGGCCGCCACCGCCGCCAGCGCGGAAAUGGCAUCCGAUGUUUCCUCGCUGGGUGCAGCCGUCGGCUCCGGGAACUCCGGAUCGGGAGCCCAGGCUGGAGGAGCCGUCGCUCAGAGGCCCAGCAAGAGACGGCCUGGGCUCGAUUUUGAUGAUGAUGGAGAAGGGAACAGUAAAUUCCUCAGAUGUGAUGAUGACCCGAUGCCAAACGACAAAGAGAGAUUUGCCAGGUCUGAUGAUGAGCAGAGUUCAGCGGAUAAGGAGAGACUUGCCAGGGAGAACCACAGCGAGAUCGAGCGGAGGAGGAGGAACAAGAUGACCGCCUACAUCACGGAGCUGUCGGACAUGGUGCCCACGUGCAGCGCCCUGGCCCGCAAGCCGGACAAGCUGACCAUCCUGCGCAUGGCCGUGUCCCACAUGAAGUCCCUGCGUGGCACCGGCAACACCUCCACGGACGGCACCUACAAACCCUCCUUUCUCACCGACCAGGAACUCAAACACCUGAUCCUGGAGGCAGCUGAUGGCUUCCUGUUCAUCGUGUCCUGCGAGACGGGGCGCGUGGUCUACGUGUCCGACUCGGUGACGCCGGUGCUGAACCAGCCGCAGUCCGAGUGGUUCGGCAGCACCUUGUACGAGCAGGUGCACCCCGACGACGUGGGCAAGCUGCGGGAGCAGCUCUCCACCUCCGAGAACGCCCUCACAGAGGGAACCAAGCCCUGGUGCCUUUCUACCAAGGAUGCUGCAGCCCCCCCUGAGAAUGCAUCUAAAGGUACCACCGGUGACACUCGUGUCCUGCCAGUUCCCAGUACGUUACUUGGUGCCACUCCUGUCUUGUUGGAAGGAUUCCCAGUGCAGCAGCAUCUCCUUUUUCUUCCUUUUUAUUUUUUUUUAUUUUUAGGUCGUAUCCUCGAUUUGAAGACGGGGACUGUGAAGAAGGAAGGGCAGCAGUCCAUGAGGAUGUGCAUGGGCUCCCGGAGAUCUUUCAUCUGCCGAAUGAGGUGUGGCAACAGCUCCGUGGAUCCGGUCGCUGUCAAUCGUCUCAGCUUCAUGAGGAAUCGCUGCAGGAAUGGUUUAGGUGCAGCCAAGGAUGGAGAACCUCACUACGUCGUCGUGCACUGCACGGGCUACAUCAAAGCCUGGCCCCCAGCAGGUGUUUCCCUGCCUGACGAUGACCCCGACGCCGGCCAGGGCAGCAAGUUCUGCCUCGUGGCCAUUGGCAGGCUCCAGGUGACCAGCUCUCCCAACUGCACAGACAUGAACAAUGUCUGCCAGCCCACAGAAUUCAUCUCCCGACACAACACCGAAGGAAUUUUCACCUUCAUCGACCACCGGUGCGUGGCCACCGUUGGUUACCAGCCCCAGGAACUUUUGGGGAAAGACAUCGUGGAUUUCUGCCAUCCAGAAGACCAGCAGCUUUUACGGGACAGUUUUCAACAGGUGGUGAAGUUAAAAGGCCAGGUUCUGUCAGUCAUGUUCCGCUUCCGAUCCAAAAACCGGGAAUGGCUGUGGAUGAGAACCAGCUCGUUCACCUUCCAGAACCCCUACUCGGACGAGAUCGAGUACAUCAUCUGCACCAACACCAACGUCAAGAACUCGAGCCAGGAGUCCCGGCCCGCCCUGGCAAACUCCAUGCCAAGGCCUCAGCUGGGGCAGAGCGUCAGCCUUCCCCUGGACAUGGGCACGGCCCCACUGCCCUCAAGGCAGCAGCAGCCACCCCAGGCAGAGCUGGAAGUGGGCCCAGGAAGGGAGAGCUUGGCUGGCUACGAGCACUCACAGGUGCCCGUCCAGCCCGUGAGCGCUGCCGGCCCCGAGCACAGCAAACCCCUGGAGAAGGCCGAGAGCCUCUUCAGCCAGGAGCGGGACCCACGCUUCGGGGAGAUCUUCCCCACCAUCAGCACAGAUCAGAGCAAAGCCAUCCCUGCCAGCACCGUGCCGGCCAACCCGCCCCUCUUCGCCCAGGGAAACACCUUCACUGCUGCACGGCCCGCUGAGAACUUCAGGAGCAGCAGCAUGGUCCCUCCAGUGAACAUCAUCCAGCAGCAGCCCUUGCCCGCCGGCCGGAUCUUAUCGCAGAUCUCCCGCCACUCCACCCCAGCUCAGGUCAGCGGGACCACCUGGGCUCCAGGGACACGGCCGGUGUUCACACCCCAGCAAGUGGCAUCUCAGACGGUGAAGACCCGCCCGCCUUCCUUUGGCAUGGGGACAUUCCAGGGCACCCCGUCCUCCUUCAGCUCCAUGACAGCGCCGGGAUCGACGGCGUCUCCCACCACGGCGCCGUACCCGGCCCUGGCCAGCCGCGGCACAGGUUUCACAGCCACGGAGGCGGCGCAGACCCCGGCCCCGUUCCAGCCCCGCGCCGCCGACGCCGUGGGAAUGUGGCCUCAGUGGCAAGGACAGCACCACGGCCCGGCCUCCGGGGAGCAGCACGUGCAGCAGCCCCAGCCCAGCCAGCCUGAGGUCUUCCCAGACAUGCUGACCAUGCUGGGGGACCAAGGGCCCAACUACAACAACGAAGAAUUCCCAGAGUUGAACAUAUUCCCUUCUUUUUCCGAAUAAAACAAGCCUUAGGGGGGGAGGGGAAAAAAAAAAAACAAACCACCACCAACAUCAAGCUCUCUACGUUAUCCACGUGUAAAGGACAACAGCUGAGUCUUUUUUCUCAAGGAACUGUCUAAAACAACUUCCCACCUUCUGGAAGCAGAGCUCCGAGGAGGGAUUGGCCGUGCAGGAGGGAGGUGCUUGGGACACCUCCUCCGCGUGGGAUUGUUCUGGAAGCUUCAGGACUUGAGUGCCACGAGGCCAAAGGCCCCCCCAGCGUGUUCCCAAAGCUUCUCCUACGCGGAUUUCUUUGGGAAGGAUUCCUGUCUGGAUCACAGACAGCACUUUGUAAACUUUUAAGGUGGCCUGGACUGGUUUUUUUUUUUAAUUUCAUUCUCUGCCGUGACUUUUUUUUUUUUUCUAUAAAACACAAACGAUUGGAAUUUUUCAAUGCUGGAAGAAAAACUCUUCCGAGUGUUGUCCCUGUAAACACAAAUCCUGGAGGAUGCUUGAGUAAGAAUCCCUGUCCUAAGCCAGUGUUUUCCUCCUUUUGGGAGGAAUUUUUGGCUGGUUUUGGAGGGUUCUUACAGCGUCUCCAGUCCAGGGUGCUCCGUGCCGAGAUUCCCGUGUUUGUUUGGAAUCUCCUCUCUCUUGUGAACUGUGCAAUGAAGUCAGUGUGACCCAUAACCCCCCACCCCCGUCACCCCAGGAUAAUUAACGAGCCAUAAAAUAAUUAUUACCCCAUGUAGCUUUCUUCUGGACGAAUCAAUUUUCCAGCUCAUGGUUUCUACGCUGCCACAAUUUGAUGUUUCAACAGGGGCUUUGGUUGGGUUUUUCUUUCGGGAUAAAACCUGCUCCAAGCUGUCCGUGGAAUUUUGUCACUUGCGGAUGAGUUCCUUGUCCUCGUUUUGGAGCUGGAUGUAGGAGAAUCCCUGGAUUUGAUCAGGGAAUUGCUGAGGAACUUUGUGUUUUCACGACGUUUGCUCGCUCACCGUCUCCUUAAAGAAAAAUUCCUGCCAUGGGAUGAUCCUGUUGCCAAAUCACAAACUGUAAGAGGAGAGCUGGAAAAGUAGGGAACAGAAUGAUUUUUUUUGUUUUUUUAAAUAUAUAUAUAUAUAUAUAUAUAUAUAAAAUUUUUAAUUUUUAAACCUUGA